AUAGUUUUUUACUGAUCCCAUGGGUAUAUUGUUUUUAAAUAUUCAAUGAAAGACGUUUUGAGAACGUCUAACUUUCUUUGCCACAGAGAGAAUGAGAGGACGGGGACAAGAAUGUACAGCAAGAACUUGCAGAACUCGGACAGAAGUGAAUUACUGGAUCUGAACACCUGAGUAGGUAAAGAAGCACAGCUGCACAAGCAAAGAAGAAACACUACUACCAUGAAUGCCCAAGACUUGUAUGACAAUGUGCUGCAGGGAAGAGAGUCCCAAGAGUGACACCACCAUUGAUGAGAAACCCGAGGACAACCUCUGGCUACAACUGGGCUUUACUGUGGACUCUGAGACAGGUGAGCAUUUACUGUCUCCUAAGAAAAACAUCAGCGGAGGGGACGUGACCCUUGACUCUGUGUCUCCUCUUAACUCUCCGUCCUUCACCCUCAAUGAGACAGUACCAGACUUCAAUCUUGACUUCAACCUUGAUGAAGCCUUGAAAUUUGUUGGACUGAACUGCUCUGAGACUGGGGAAACUGUCUGGAAGCCCUCAGAGCCUGAACCCACCUCUGACAACAAGGAAAGCCCUGGUAAGGAGGAGGAGGACAGCGAGGACAGCUUAGACACCUUGAACGACACCCUGGACGAUAUGAUCCAGGCCUCCCAGCUUCAUCCUCAACACCCGUGCUCACUACAGGCACCACGGGUGAAAACAUGGAGGUGGACAACAGUGUGGAGAUCCCUCUCAACAAGGCUACCAUCCUGCGGGGACACCAGAGUGAGGUGUUCAUCUGUGCCUGGAACCCAACCACUGACCUUGCCUCAGGGUCAGGAGACAGCAUGGCCCGCAUCUGAAACAUGAAUGACAGCACCACCUCCCUGAACCAGCUUGUUCUGCAGCACUGCAUUCAGAAAGGAGGCACUGAGAGGUUCCCAGUAACAAAGAUGUCACUUCCUUAGACUGGAAUUGUGACGGCACCUUGCUCAUCACAGGAUCUUACGACGGUUACACCAGAGUUUGGAUGACAGACGGCCGACUAGCCUCCAACUUCGGCCAGCACAAGGGUCCCGUAUUUGCCCUUAAGUGGAACAAAAAGGGCAACUACUUCCUAAGUGCUGGAGUGGACAAGGGCAACGUGAGUGCAGGCAUGGGUGUUCCUGGAUGCAUGCCAGGUACCAUGUUUGCUCCCAUCCCUGUGGAAGUCAUUUCAUAUUCACCUGAGCUUGUUGGAACCAGUGCAACUCAGAAGAGCAAGUACAGCAGACAGCACAUUGUGGAACCCUCAACAGACCUGCAUCAAAUCUCAGAGGCAACACAAAAUGUGGAAGCCACCUUGGAUGCCCUAAUCUGAGAAAUCUUUCUUGAGAACCCAGCUAAUCAUCUAUGUGGACUCUGAAAAUGGUCAUAGUGAGAGAGCAGAGUGCUUCAGAAUAUGGGCCAUGGUUUUACACAUGCAUCAUUAUCCACUGCAUACUCCAGCAGCAGCAGCAGCAGCAGCAGCAGCAGACAGCUAAAUGCUGCACCACCCAUCAAGAGGAUGAAGAUUGCAGCCACAUCAGAGAGGCUGGCUGUGAAUUUAGUCUUCCUGCCACACAUUGAAGUUCCUGCUGAUAGCCAAUUGGACCUCAGCUUGUUCAUCAGGCUUGACUCCUGCCUCUUCUGAAGGCUGUAGGAAGAAUAAGUAAGCCCAAUAGCAAUGCCUCCUGUGAUGUACUGGACUGGCAGUUCCUUGAUUCUGGAGGAGUCUGCAAUAGGAAGACCACAAAUGUAGUAGUUCGUUGUGACAUCCAUACCUAUGAACAUGUAUUUACCUGCCAAAAUGCUUAAUUAUGUAAGGCCUGCCUGCCUGCCUGCCUGCCUGCCUGCCCCCCCCCCACCCCCCCCCCCUCUCUCUCUCUCUCUCUCUCUCUCUCUCUCUCUCUCUCUCUCUCUCUCUCUCUCUCUCUCUCUCUCUCUCUCUCUCUCUCUCUGAAGUGUGGAUGGUAUAUCAGCACAGGGAGCAAAAAACCAAGGAGCCACUGAGGCUGUCACUUUGAAGAGGUCAUUGUUGUUGCAUCCAGCAUCCCAGCCUGACUGCCUAGACAGCUCCUGCAGGUUGCUGAAGGGCAGAGUCACAGACUGCUCCACUGCCAGGUGUGAGACCAGUGUGGCAGAGUAUGAUGUGUACACAAUGAGGGACACACCACAGCCAACCCUGUAGGUGACCCAUGCUGCACUGCUGAUUGGGUCCUCACUUUGCUGUAGGAGAGCUGACAACACGUACCAGCCAGCAACUCCCAUGCUGACGGGCUUCUCCCCCAUGGGUAUGUAGCACCUCUGGAGUUGGUCAGCAAAGAAGAGGAUGCUAGCCAAACCUAUCAUGUUAGUCAGGAUGCACCAGUACAGAGCUGUGUCCAUUGGGGUUGUGUAGGCUAGUAGCAUCUUGUCAAGGUCCUCAUAGGUGGCCACAAACAGUUUAUGGCUAUAAGAGGAGGACUUGCCUUGUGAACAUCACAUUGGGGAAGCCCACCCCAGCAGCCCAGCCUCCCCUGACAGCUAUCAUCAUCUGCUGCCUUGCCUGGGAGGACCAUAGACACAGCUUGUCUCUGAUGUCUUCCCCACAAUGCCUUGUCUUUGUUGGCUUCAGUGCAAUUUGUUUGUCUUCAGUUUAAAUAGUAUUGUAUAUACUAUCUUGUCUUCACCAUCUUGAAAUGUGAAGGAUGUUCUUGACAAACAAACAAGGUAGUAUUGUAUAAUUAUUACUUUAAAUAUUGUCUUAAAUUAUCUUGAAAUUUGUAAAAAAAAAAAUGUGUAAAAAGAAAGCAAA